UCGCUUCCCGCGCAUGCGCGCGGCGCGGCCCGGAAGGUGGCCACGUCUGCCGGAAGGUGGGCAUCGCUGGGUUGGGGCUUCCCUGCGUGUGGUGGCCCUGCCUACUCUCGCCGCUCUGCCUGGGCUAGGGGUUCCCCACGUUGGGAGGAGCAUAUGUUCCUGAAGUUUUGAUGUGGAGUUAAUCAGCGGACAUUUAUCAUGUCUUGGCUUGCUGAUCUGGCUGGAAAGGCAGAGGAUCUUCUCAACAGAGUUGAUCAAGGAGCUGCAUCGGCUCUGAGCAAAAAAGAUGCAGCAAGCAAUGCAGUUUAUGAUAACAAGAAUUUGGACUCUGCCAAUGAAUAUUCUGAAUUGUCCCAGCGUACUGGAGAACUGAAAUAUCAGACGUCAUCCAAAGCAGCCUACAUCUCCUCAGCAGCUGAUAACAUUAAAAACCAAAAGGCUACAAUCUUAGCAGGAACAGCAAAUGUUAAACCAGCACGUAGAACAAAUUCAGAAGUUGCUUCUUCAGUUGAAAGUGUUUCCACAUCCAGAGCUUCCUCGCAUUUUGUGAGGAGAAAAAAGUCUGAACCUGAUGAUGAGUUGCUGUUUGAUUUUCUCAACAGUUCUGAGAAAGAGCCUAAUGGAAGGAUGGACUCUAAAAAAGAGAAGAGCAAGGCACCUGUUGUUCAAAAUCACUCUCGGACUUCAAGUGUUAGUUCUGUGUCUACUAGUACACAGAGUGCAAAAACUACUGAAGAUAAUUCUGUCAGGAGCCACAGCAAUGAAACUCCAGACAGCUCAGAUUCUGGACUGGGAACCCAAGUGGAUGGCGCGAAGGAUUCAUCACUAAGUGCAGUAACUAAUCCUAGCCUUUCAGCUAAUGAUGAUGUAAAAUCACAUGAGCUAUCCAACCUUCGUCUAGAGAAUCAACUGUUGCGAAAUGAAGUGCAAUCUUUAAAUCAAGAAAUGGCUUCGUUGAUUCAGAGAUCCAAAGAAACACAAGAAGAGUUGAACAAAUCCCGGGAAAGAGUAGAAAAGUGGAAUGUUGACCAUUCAAAGAAUGACAGGAUGGUCAGAGAGCUUCGAGCUCGAGUCGAUGAUCUGACGGAAGCUGUUGGUGCCAAGGAUUCCCAGCUAGCUGUGCUCAAAGUACGCUUGCAAGAAGCUGAUCAGCUCUUAAGUUCUCGGACAGAAGCUUUGGAAGCAUUGCAGAGUGAAAAAUCACGAAUAAUACAAGACCACAGUGAAGGGAGCAGUUUGCAAAAUCAAGCCCUUCAAACUCUUCAGGAUAGGCUGCGUGAUGCAGACUCUGCACUGAAGCGAGAGCAAGAAAGUUACAAACAAAUGCAGAAUGAGUUUGCGGCACGUCUAAGUAAAAUGGAAGCAGAACGUCAAAAUUUGGCAGAAGGGAUAACAGUUGCAGAAAGAAAGUAUUUAGAUGAGAAAAAGCGAGCUGAUGAGCUUCAGCAGCAAGUCAAAGUAACUAAAAACCAGCUAGAAUCUGCAAAACAGGAAAUGGCAGACUAUAAACAAAAAGCUACUCGCAUACUCCAAUCUAAAGAAAAGCUGAUAAACAGCCUAAAAGAAGGCUCUGGUAUUGAAGGUCUGGAUAGCCAGACUGCAAGCACAAUGGAACUAGAGGAACUGAGGCAUGAACGUGACACCCAAAGAGAAGAAAUACAAAAGCUAAUGGGACAAAUACAGCAGAUGAGAACAGAGCUGCAGGACAUGGAGACUCAGCAGGUAAGUGAAGCUGAGUCAGUGAGAGAGCAGCUUCAAGACCUACAAGAGCAAAUAGCAGCACAUAAAAUGGCCAAGCAGGAGGCAGAAGCUGAACUAGAACGGCAGAAGCAGGAACUCCGUUAUACUGAGGAAGAAUUAUAUCGAACAAAGAAUACUUUGCAAAGCAGAAUAAAAGACAGAGAGGAAGAAAUUCAGAAGCUCAGAAAUCAGCUCACAAACAAGGCUUUAAGUAGUAGUAGUCAAACUGAAUUAGAAAAUCGCCUUCAUCAGCUGACAGAAACACUUAUUCAGAAGCAGACCAUGUUAGAGAGCUUGAGCACAGAGAAAAACUCACUUGUCUAUCAACUGGAACGGCUUGAGCAUCAGCUGAAGGCUUUCCAAGGCAGUAGUACUAAUGGGCCUUCUAUUAACAUGGCAGGAAUUGAUGGUACCGAAGGUGCUCGUAUGCGUAAUGUUCCUGUCCUUUUCAGCGACGUGGAUACCAACGUGGCAGGAAUGUAUGGGAGAGUUCGCAAAGCUGCUAGUAGCAUAGAUCAGUUCAGCAUUCGGCUGGGAAUCUUUCUAAGGCGGUAUCCUAUAGCAAGAAUCUUUGUAAUAAUUUAUAUGGCAUUGCUUCAUCUUUGGGUCAUGAUUGUUCUGCUUACUUACAGUCCAGAAAUGCAUCACGAUAGCCCCAGUGGCAGAUAGACUGAGACACGACCGUAUGCUGUGCUAAUGUAAUUUGGAUUGGCAGUGUAUUUAGGAUCAUCAGUCCAGAUAUAUCAGCAAAUUUCCUCGUGGUGUUUACAAAGAAUGAAAACCAUCAUGCCUGAUUUAUCACUACUUUUUAAAUACACGUAUAAUACUACGUAGCUUUACCGAUUUACCUAAAAGAGCAUCACUUUCCUGGUGAAAUAAACAUAUUAAGUUAAGCUAAGUUUAGCCUUUACGUUUUACGUAAACCUUCUCAUGGUUAGUGUAAAAGAUUAGCUUGCAUCUGUAGAGAUAUGCAAGGAUUUCUGAAGUUACAGAUAAACAAGGUACAAACUAUUUUAGGUAAUACAGGAUGUGGGCUAUGGUCAGAUAGCAGCCUGUACUUAGCAAUUACAUAAACUUUAUUCUUUCUGGGUUUCUUUCAGUCCUAUUUUGCACUUCUGUUUUUAACUUUGUAAAUAGCAGGCUUUUCCUUAACUUGUUAAACUGAAAAAAAAUGACUGGAUCGGUGCAAUAUCUUUUUGUAAAUACAUUGAAAAAUAAAAUAUUAUACAUUCUUCUUAGCUUUGUACUUCUAGUGCAACAGAUGUAUUCCUCUCAGCUGAAUGGUGGGGCUGCCUAUUUAAAUGUUGGUACCAGAGCUUUAUCAGAGAGAGACAAACGGAGACAAAGGAAGGUUCAAACUCUUGAGGGAAAAUGGUAUUUCCUUUUCCACUUGGGAUUUAUGUAUUUUAACGACAUUUUCUUGUAUACCUCUUAUUGCUAUAUGUCUUAAUCUUAUAUUCACUGAAAUAUUUAUUUUCUGUAACUUUAGAUACCUAAAUUAAACUAUUUCCGUGAUUUUUGUAUAAUGUCAAAAAA